AAUAGUAUUAAUAAUUAUGUUAUAUUGAAAGUAUUAAUAAAUAUAGUAAGGAAUAAGAAUAAGAAGGUAAUUAUUAUAAGAGUUCAGCCUCGGAAAAAAAGGGACGGAGAGAAUAGAAGUUUAUUCCUAAUAGAAGUCGCUACUUCGAAGGCGGCAAACUUCCUUUAA